GGCGAGGAAGAGGCGAGGAGGCGGGUUGUCGGGCUGCGCUGGGUGGCUGUGCUUAGCCCGGGCUCAGGGCAAGUGGACGAGCGGAGCGGACGAGGGCUCCUUGAUGAUGACCCAGACAGAGGGCAUGCUUUGAGUCCUGGCCCCCAUGACAUCCAAAGACAAAGCUGUGGUAUCCUUGCCAGUUUCUCCCUGGGAUGCCAUCCUUAAGGCUGCCAAAGACCAGCUGCCAUCUCUGGAUUCAGACUCCUCCCUGUCUGACUGUGAGGAAGAAGAACCCUUCAUCUUUCAGCGGAACCAGCCUGUCCUGAUUCCAGACCUAACGGAGGAGCUGGCUGAAGACCCUGUUGGUGUCGAUGAGUCUGGGACCUGGGUUACUGCAGGGAGGAGUCCUUCACCUGAGCCACUUCUGGUUCCUGGGAGAUUAGCCAUAGAACCCAGAAGUGAAUGGAUGGUAAGAUCAAAGGACUUGGCCCAUCAGGAAAGAAGAGGCCCUGGCUGUGUCAAGAGCAGCCCAAUCCUUUUGGAUGCUAAGGAGGCACCCGCUUGGCCUGAAGGCAGAGGAUCCCAGAGUCCUCCCUGGAGUUCCCAGGGAGAAGGAGCCACCUUUCCUUUGGAAGGAAAGUUGAAGACAGAGCCCUCAGAUACUGAUUUUAAAAACUCUGCAAAGCGAAGAGCCCUCCGCAGGGAGAGGAGGAAGAUGAUAGAGAGAGAGAUCCUUCAGAAAGUGACCCAGGCUGCUCAGAACCCAGCCUGUGGUGACCAGGGCCACGUGGCAGAGUUAGGACCCCGUCCAAAAGCAACCUCAGAGCAGUCUUGGGAAGGAAGACCAGUUCUCUCACUCAAGCAACUUGAAGGCUGGGACUUGGACUACAUCCUCCAGAGUCUGCCAGGGCAACAAGGCAGCCAGGGUGACAGUGCAUCCAGAAGUGCAUGGUGGUUAGCGGAUCGCUGCCAAGACCAAGGGCACAGCACCGGAUCCUCCCAGGACCUACUCCUGGAACAGCUGGCGCUCCUGUGUGCCACUCAGUCUAGAGUCCGACACCCUACCUGGAAGGUAUCUGCUGACAAGCUCCAAGACACAGAAGAGCAGGUAGCCAGAAUCAGAAGUGCUUCAGCAGAGUCCAGCUUUCAAACUGAGCCAGUCCAGAAGAGGGCAGAGAGUAGGAGGCUGAAGACAGAGCCUCCCACUGUCUUCCUUGACCUGCGGCUGACAGAACCAUCAGAUCCACAAGAACACCAGUCCCAGGAGAGCUCUGAACAUAGCUCCUCUGACAGUGAGGAGGAGGAAGUGGGGUCAGCAGGCUCCAUACCGGUGGCAUCUUCCUGGGAACAAAGGUACUGUACUGGGAAAAGCCAGCUUCUUCAGCAGCUGAGGGCGUUUCGAAAGGGGGCUGUUCCACCUCAGCUGUCUGCCAAGGAUGGCCCUGGAGGCCAAAAGGAUCAGGCCCAAGAAGAUACUGGGGGAUCACAAACUCAGAGGAAGAAGCACAUCAAACUCUGGGCUGAGAAGCAGAAUGCCCUAAAUCUAGGGGACCCUCUUGGGACACGGCUCCUCCCUGGUAUGGGCCAGCUAUAGGCAACUCAGGUAAAAGACCUGAGAAGCAGGUUGGGUGGCAGACUUUCUACCCACACAGCCCUGGUGGUCUCUACAGUCUGCCUGUUUCUAACAGCAUGGGCCUCAGGGGCUGGGACCCCCAGUCUAGACACCAUGCAGCCAGUUUAAGCCAAUUUAAGUUAACAGUUAAACUUUUGUUGUUGCGGUGUUGGGAACUGCAUCCAGGGCCUCUUCCGUUCCCAUAUUUAAACACAUUUAUAGUUUCCUAUAGAAAAUGUCCCCAGGUUCCUGGAUUCCUGGUAUUUUAUGUACACACCCAUACAGAUCUGAUGGAAAAGGAAGCAGAACCUGAAAUUUGCUUUCUCUCUCUUUUUAACUGAGACACAAAAGCACACAUAGAUUUCAGGUCACUCCAAAUUAAAGGUGACACCAAUCUUU